AUGCCCCUGGCGUCCGUGCUGAGGCGAUGCACAGAGGCAGCGUCCAGCCAAGGAGCUUUCAGCUGCGCCCACACUUCAGAGGCUGAGCCAGUCAAUGGUGUCACCACUUCAAUCUCGAGUGCGUCUGCGUUGGCCGUGCAGACUGAUAGCUUCGAGGCCUUGCUUCAGGCACCUCGACACAGUUGCUUUCCUCGCCCGCGGCGCCGCCGCCCGCGCGCAUGGGCCGGCAACCAUGGUCCACGCGUGAGGGUAAGCGGCCCAUCAACCAUCCAGACCCUUCGUGGCGAGCUUUGCGGCCGCAAGGUAGCAUUGAUUCUUUGCGGCGAAGCUCAUGAGGAUGCCUUGGAUUUGACCCGGCCGAGAAGCAUCAUUGCAGCAAAGCUCGGUUGGGUGCCUUUUCAACUGCCCCACGCCGUCGACGUUGCUGCGGCAGUUGCCUGUCACGCCUCCUCCUCCUUGCGUGACGUACAGGCCUGGGCACAAGAAAAACUACCCCGCCUUGCCGCAAAGAGUUUGGAUCUUACUGGGAGCUUGCUGUUGUUCCGUCGAAGCCAUGGCCCGAAGGAACGUGGCAUUGCAUGGCUUUUCCUCCCGGGCACGGUGAGUUUCUUGCCAGAUGCAGAUCAGGCCGAUGCCGAGAAAACGCGUGCAUUCCUGUGGGACGACGUGGAUGAAGAUGCCAGGUGGGUGCGACAGCAAAAAGAGCAGGGCUUACGGGUGCCUCCCGUCACACAUGAUGCCAUUAUCUCGAGGCGGAAGAAAUUGCGCUUGAAGGAGAAAGUGGAGUUGUUUGAUGAUUGGCUGCUGAGACAUGCCAGCGAUUCCCGAGUGCAGUUAAUCCUGGAAGGUUCCGUUUGGGACACGGAGGUGGAGCUGCACGAGGAGUCGGGAGUUGCACCAGCACCACUGGCACACCAGUCGCUGCAAGGCAUGGAGAUGGACUCGUGCGAUGAAGAGGAGGACCAGGCGGACCCGUCUACACGCAGGUUUUGUGGCGAGGAUGGGACUGGGACCUUGCUCGAGUUCCUGCGCCGCCGUGUGAUGCAGAACGUGGACCCGCGGAGGAUCCGCUUCAUGGAUCCCAGGGAGCUGGGAGACCCGGAAGACGAUGAGCUGCGAACCAGGUUCCAAAGCCUUCUCGAGAAGCCCAUGCCCCGGGACGUAGAAGAGGAGACAGCGGACGCAAAAGGCUUGAAGAUACCCGUGCGGCCUACAAAAACGUGGAUUAAGCAGAUGCUGGAUAUUCCGGCAAUUCCAUCUUGGGAAGCCUUCUUUGGAGCGGCCUCUGAGCUACUCUACUACUCCCCGCACAUCCGUGGCGACUUCGUGCCGUUUCUCGCUUGUGUGCUGAAGCACUCGCUGGAGUCGCCACGGCCGCAGGAGGCGGUGCUUGAGUUCUUCCAGCAUCUCUACACCGGAAAGGUGUCGGAUGCUCUAGCAAUGUUGCGCCAGGAUGAGAAAGCGCGCUCCUGCCUCCGUGUACGGUCCGUCCUGCACUGUCGCCCGGGCCAAGGCUUACGACGGCGCCAGGACGUUCGGCGAUUGAUCCCAGUCCGCAGCGCUCCUGUGGAUCGUUUCCUGAAGGCGCGCGGCUCUUCCCCACCCAGGACCUGGGUCUCAGAGUUGGCGCAGCGUGUGAAACGCGGGGGCGCGGACGAUGUGGUGAGCGCAGCUCAUGAAUGGUAUCUCAGCUCCGUGGAGGCUUUCUUGAACAACCCCAAAGCAGAAGAUGUCGAAGGAGACUACUUUGUUGCGUGGCUCCGGGAAUGUCACCGCGACAUAUAUGAAGACAUCGACACCUCGGACCCAGCCGUGCUGAGAACCCGCGACCGCGUCCCAAGCUUGUCAGACACGAGGACGUUCCACAACCUUCGGGGGAUCCACAUGCCGGGCUUUGAGGCUGCGAUGCAAGAAAUCUUCAGCUUUGAUCCGGAUGCAGGAAGGCCCACCACAAAAAGGCAGAGGGUUCUGGCCAAGAUCGUUAUCGAUGUGUUUCAGUUGCGCAUGGUGGAUUUGGCAGUCAUCCUUUUGGUCGCAGAGCGUGUACUCCAAGCAGCAGUUGGAACCGAAGUCGUCGUCCUCCUGUAUGCUGGGAGUGAUCAUGCCAACACGGUGGAGAGCUUCUUCCGCAAGCACGGCUUCCGAGGAGAUCAUCUUCCUCGGGGUGGACGCGUGGGAAAGGACUACUGGUAUCCUGACGAGGAGAGAGGGCUUCACCUGCCAAGCUACCUUCGUGACUUCGGCGAGCUCUUCAGGUAG